CGGCGCGGCCCGAGGCGAGGGGGCCUGAGGGGGAGGCGGCCAUGGCGGUCCGUCAGGCGCUGAGCCGCGGGCUCCAACUGGGCCGGGCGCUGCUGCUGCGCCUCGCCGGCCGGCCGGGACCCCCCGCCGUCCGCCCGCCGCCCGUCCGCCGCCCGCCGCCCGCCGGCCCGGGGCUGUUGGGUGCGGUGGUGAGGGGGCUGUGGGCGCGGGGCUGCGGGGCCUGCUGCGGCGGCCGCCUCCUCGGCCCGGCCCGGGCCCUCGGCCUGUCCUUGUCGCUGUCGCUGGGGGGGACCCUGGGCCUGGUGGAGGAGCGGCAGGCGGAGGCCCGGAGGGCGGUCUCGGCCUGUCGGGACAUCCAGGCGAUUUUUUCCCAGAAAGACAAACUGCUUCCUGAACCCCUGGCUGCGAGCCGCUGGCGGGGAUUCCAGCUGGAGGAAUACCUCAUCGGGCAGCCGAUUGGCAAAGGCUGCAGCGCUGCCGUGUACGAGGCGACCAUUCCCGUCCCAUCCCGGGGGCCGGCCGGGACCCGGGGAGAUGCAGAUGUCAUCCCGCCCGCGGGAAAUCCGGAGUCCGUGGAAACAACUCAGCCCAGGCCCUCCUUUCCCUUAGCCAUCAAGAUGAUGUGGAACAUCUCGGCGGGCUCCUCCAGCGAAGCCAUCCUCAGCACCAUGAGCCAGGAGCUGGUGCCGGCCAGUCGCGUCGCCCUGUCCGGGGAGUACGGGGCUUUCGCCCACAGGAAGCCCUUGGGCGGCCCCAAGCGACUGACUCCCCACCCCAACGUCAUCCGGGUCCUGCGGGCCUUCACCUCGGCCGUGCCCCUGCUGCCCGGCGCCCUGGCCGACUACCCUGAUGUGCUCCCCCCGCGCCUGCAUCCCUCCGGCCUGGGCCACGCCCGCACCCUCUUCCUCGUCAUGAAGAACUAUCCCUGUACUCUGCGUCAGUACCUGCAGGCGAGCACCCCGAACCCCCGCCUCAGCACACUGAUGAUCUUGCAGUUACUGGAAGGUGUCGAUCACUUGGUUCAGCAGGGCAUAGCGCACAGGGACUUAAAAUCUGACAACAUCCUGGUGGAAUUUGAUUCAGCUGGCUGUCCCAGGCUGGUGAUCACAGAUUUCGGUUGCUGCCUGGCUGAUGAGAACGUCGGCCUGCAGUUACCUUUCACCAGCUGGUAUGUGGAUCGGGGAGGAAACGGCUGUCUGAUGGCUCCCGAGGUGUCCACGGCCCGCCCCGGCCCCGGGGUCGUGAUCGACUACAGCAAAGCCGACGCCUGGGCCGUGGGCGCGAUGGCCUAUGAGAUCGUCGGGCUCCCCAAUCCCUUCUACGGCCAAGGGCCGGCCCACCUGGAAAGCUGCAGUUACCGCGAGACUCAGCUGCCCGCCCUCCCGGAGGCGGUGCCCUUGGAUGUGAGGCAGCUGGUAAGAUCCCUGCUCCAGCGAGAACCCGGCAAGAGACCGUCGGCUCGUGUGGCGGCUAACGUGCUCCACCUGAGCCUCUGGGGGCAGAGCCUUCUAGCCCCCGAGAAGUUGAAGGCGGACGAGGUGAUCGGCUGGCUCCUCCGCCACUCGGCGGCCACCAUGCUGACCCCGACCCAGGAGGGCUGCAUGGAAACCAAAAUGAAGCAGUGCUUCCUGGCCAACCUGGAUUACGAGGCCCUGUGUCAGGCGGCCUUCCUGCUGUGCUCGUGGAGAGGGGCUUCGCACGCCCUGGCCCCCGCCUAGCCACCGCUCCUCGGAACCGGGAGGGGAACCCGUCACCCGAAGGUUUGGGAUACGCUCACGUUCUUCGGGUUAGAAGCUCAGCCCUUCACCCUUGGCAAAGAUCUCAUUCCAGCACCGUUGCCAAAACCUUUCAUAAUCGUGCUUCCUUUGCACUAUAAAUCUCUCGGCGUGUUUAGUGAACUAAUCCUUCGGUUCCCUCCCUGGGCUCAAUUUAAAGCCGCUCAACCUAAA